GCACUAUAGAUGAAAGAAAUAUACCCCAAGGUCUAAAUCCUCUAUGGUCUAAAAAUCUGUCUGAGUCGUUUAUAUCGAAAAAAAUUCUGUCUCAGUCUGUUCUGUUCAAUCUUUGUUUUCAGAGAAUUGUCCAACAUAUGCGUGUGUAGAAAGAGACUUAGGUUUUAUACAGGUUACGCUUCUGAGAGUGUACUUGUUGAUCGAACUGCUCGAGGUGGCUUAUGCUCUUGCUCAUCUUAUAUGCAACCUCGUGGAAAAAGUCCUAUGGCAAACAGGCACUACCAUGUGCAUCACCCUGAGAACACUGAUGAUGAGUAUGCUGAACGAGCUCGGAAUAAUAAUGGAAAGAACAAGAAACCUAUGACCUCUUCCUCCGAUGAAUCAGAGAGUGCACUUGAACUCAACCUCCGUGCAAGCCAGGAAGGUGAUGAUCAUGACAUGGAUGCAAACAAGUUCUCCACAACUAUUGAGGUUGAGCUUAACCCCAGGGAGUUGGCUCCGAUCAUUAAUCAAUUCCGGUACUCUCUUAUCAUCUAUGUUCAUGGCAAAAAGAUAGGUUAUCAUAAUCUCUACACGCGCCUUGUUCGCGUAUUGGCUCUUUUUGGACCUUACCAGCUGGUUGAUCUUGGACUUGGUUUCUUCUUGUUGAAUAUUUCAGAGUUUUUGGAUUAUAACAUGGUACUUCACAAGUACCCUUUAUCAAUCCCGAAUUACUGUGUCACUUUGUUGCCAUGGAAGCCAAACUUUAGGCCUUCAGAGACUGUCAUUACCCAAGUAGAUGUUUGGAUUCAGUUACCAGAACUUCCAAUAGAAUACUAUGGUUUUCUGUUAAGAAUUGCAGCAGCUAUUGGUGGUAAUCUUCUGAAAAUUGACCCCAUCACUGAAGGAAAAAAGAUGUGUAAGUUUGCAAGGUUUUGUGUUAGAGUUGAUCUAACACGUCCACUUCCUGGUCAUAUAAAGAUUGGAGAAAUAUGGCAGCGAGUUGAGUAUGAGGGGUUGGAUAUGGUGUGCUCUCUGUGCAGGCAUUAUGGGCAUUUGAAACAUAAUUGUCUAGACCAGCUGUUAAAUUCUGCUACCAUCAAUGCUUCUCGAGGUCAAGCCUCUACAAGCAAUGAAUUGGUGAACUCUGCUGGUCAUAGGAGACUUGCAGAUCAUGCAUCAAAGAUUGUGAUGUCCAAGAGUGCGGACAGUUCCUCAAGUGAUGAUAAUAGUUCUUGGACCCAAGCUCGUCAUUUCAAGCAGCAUCAAAGAGAGAGUUCAGGAUCACAGAGACCACACGUUCAAAAUCAGAACAUGGCCGCUGGAACUGAAAGUGAUCUUGAGCUGAUUGAUCAAUCCAAGGCUAAAGCUUCUGUGAUUGCUGAAUCCAGCACAGAAUUGACGCAAAGAAAGAAUCCGCUACCUGGAGAAGGCACUUCCUUGUCUCCAAUAACUGAGGGAACACUAAUCCAGCCUCCUAAGGACAAACCACCAUAUAUUCCAAAGUCAUUGAUGUCCGAAAAACGGUUACCAUCUGAAUUCUCCAUUGCAGGUUCGUCAAACUCUUUGCCUCAAGACUCCUCUCAACAUCUGUGUCAACAACCUGCACACACGAUUGUCAAAGAAGCAUACCACACUAUACCAACACAGCCACAUGGUAACCAGCCUCAAACCUUGUCCUCAGGGACUGCCUCUCCUCGACCUUCUCCAGUGAUAAAGCCAAGCAUCCAGUUAUACUCUACAGGGAUACGUAUGGCAAUGGUAAACAAAGAGAUAGGCAGCACCCCAAUAACAGAAUUCAGCACCGAAAUUCGUCAAACUCUUUACAGCAUCAAAUCAGAGGUUGCGAGUCUUGACAUUGGUGUCUCAAAAACUGCGACGAGAAACCAGCACUUAAUAAAUUUUCUUCCAACUGUUAGUGAUUUCACCAAGUACCCACUUCAGAAUCAGCAAGAAGCAAUAUACCAGACCUAUGCAGAGACGGUGCCACAAACUCCUUUGCAGAAACUACUAUGCUGGAAGUAUAAUGGGACAGACAACAUCACACUCAUCCAGACAAUGAAAUAUCUAAAGCAGCAUGAAAAUCCCUCCAUUGUACUUCUUUUUGGAAUAAAAAGUAGUGGCAAUGAUGCAGAUCAGGCUAUAGAGGAAAUUGGGUUCUCUGGUUCAUACCUCAUAGACCCGUUUCUCUUUGAUGAUGGAGUGUGGCUGUUAUGGAAGAAAGAUGUGGUAAUUGAAGUAAACUCACCCACCUCACACCUGAUUUAUGCAACAGUACAUUUUCUUCCUCAUCCAAGCAAUAGGAUGCUAUGUGGUACGGGCAAAUCUUCUGAGGCAAAUGCCCCCUAUGCAAGAUGAUAUACUCAAUCACUCUCUCUAUCAUGGGGCACAAACUUCUUUUAUACUUCAGAAGACCUGUUAACAGGUCUUCUGAAGUAUACAAGAAGUUUUAAGCAAGACCAAUCUACUCCAAGCUCAAGAGUCCUCGGGUUUUUUGAAAAUUUUCACAUUUUCUUUGCUUCUUUGUUUCUAGCAAGGACCUGAAAUCAGUCCUUGUUGGCGUGAUUAACAUGGAAAGCACCUCCUGCUCUUAAGGUGAGGGGGGUGAGGCAAUUUUUUGAGAGUCAUGUUAAUUUCACGAGUAUAAUAUUGUAGUAUUUGUAACUCUAGUUAUGGGUGAAAUACAUAAAUUUGAGGA